AUGUCAAGCCCAAGAAGAACACCUACCCCUACCGGAGCUACUGCUGAUUUCGCGCGGGCUUUUCAGCAGAUAGCAGAUGUGUUACAGGGACAACAGGCGCAACUGGCGCAGCUGACGCAACAAGGGCCACAAAAUGUCCAAACAAACACGCACCGGGUAGGUAUGAAUGACUUCCUGCGCCACAACCCUGUCAAGUUUAAUGGAAAGACUACUCCAGAUGAGGCUGAUGACUGGAUUUGCAACCUCGAGAAAAUCUUUGAAGCAAUAGAAUGCACAGAGGGUCAGAAGUUGGUCUUCUCCACUUAUAUGCUAGCAGGUGAGGCAGAGUAUUGGUGGCGUGGAAUGCGAACAGCAAUGGAGGCUCGAGGAGAAGUGGCCACUUGGGGAGAUUUUAGAAAUAGAUUCUUGGAGAGGUACUUUCCAGCCAGUGCCAAGCAGGAGCGGGAGAGACAAUUUCUAGAAUUACGACAAGGAAGUAUGUCAGUGCAAGAAUACAAGUUGAGAUUCGAGUAUCUGGCUCGAUUCUAUACACAGGGUCUGACUGAGGCAUGGAAGUGCAGGAGGUUCGAGCAAGGAUUUCGCCAUCCGAUAAUGAAAGCACUUAUUCACCUCAAAAUUAAUGAUUUCCCAGAGUUGGUAGAGCAAGCCUUGGUGGCAGAGCGAAUGGAGGAGAGUCAGCAUCGUGUGGUGAGACCUCAGAAGGCUAGUUUCUCUGGAGGUAGGAAUCAGAAGAAACCGUAUGCUAGACCACAGCAGAGAGGCUUUGGAGGCUUGAAAUGCUACGAGUGUGGAGGUCCCCAUAUUAGGAGAAAUUGUCCAAGACUGACAGUUCACAAGCCUGAAGAGAGGAAAUGUUUCUCCUGCCAUAAGCCAGGACACUUUGCAUCUUCAUGCCCUGAUAGGAAGAUACCAGGAGGAGCAACACAGACACAGAAGUUUUCUGGAGAGAAACCGAAGGCAGCAGGACGAGUCUUUGCUAUGACGGGGGCUGAAGCGUCUCAGUCAGGUAACUUGAUUCAAGACACUUGUUUCUUGAAUGGUAGAUGUGUUCAUGUUCUUUUUGACUCGGGUGCAACACACUCGUUUAUAUCCUUUGCUUGUUUGGGGAAACUUGAAUUACCUGUGUAUGAUUUGGGGAGCGAGUUGGUGGUUUCUACACCAACAUCGGGGCAAGUCUUAACAAGUUCAGUCUGUAUUGGGUGUUCGUUAGAAGUGGCGGGACGCAAAUUCAAGGUUAACUUGGUGUGUCUACCGCUGGAAGGCUUAGAUGUAAUUUUGGGGAUGGAUUGGUUGACGACCAAUGGUGUUCUCAUUGAUUGCGGUCAACAGAAGGUUAUUUUCCCAACAGAAGAACAGGUGCAAAUGAUUACCUCUCGAGAAGUUUUGCAAGAUAUCAAAGAAGGAGCAGUCUGUUUUGUGGUGAUAGCAACGGAGAAGAAAAAGAGUACAGAAGAGCAAAUUGUGGAUAUCCCAGUAGUGGAGGAGUAUGCUGAUGUGAGCUGGACCAAUUUCUAUGGCUCCUUAUAG